UAAAAAUCCCAACAUCCAUAACGAAAUUCAUUUCCCACCAAAAUCACAUGUAACUAACUGCGCCAAUGCAAACCCCUUCUUCACUAUCCCUCUUCCGCCAUCGCACUCCCACCUUCUUCCGCCACCACCCUCUCCUUAUCACCGCAUCCAGACACCACCAAAACCAACCCAAUGUCUCCCGCAAACAACCACCAAGCAAAAACCUCCUCAAAGCCAAAAAAAACCUAACUUCCAAAAAAGACUUCUCCAAUCUCUCUCCGAUCCUCUCCCCUGACCACACCCCUACCAACCUCUCCGAUUCUCAAGCCAUCGGCACCGUCGCCGCUUCCCAAGCGAACUUCAUGCGCGUGAUUGUCACCGCCGAACCUGAGAAGAUAGAAGAUUCUAGUAGUAGUAGUAGUAAAGUUGGAACUGAAUUGCUAUGCGUGGUUCGGGCGGUGUUGAAGAAGAUAAAACGGAGAGUCUUGGUUGGUGAUAAGGUGGUGGUUGGGUCAAUUGAUUGGGUAGAUAGGAGAGGAAUGAUUGAGAAUGUUUUUCAACGGAGUUCGGAUAUUUUAGACCCGCCGGUAGCGAAUGUGGAUCGGUUGUUGGUUCUUUUUUCGGUUGAGCAACCACAGUUGGAAUCAUUUGUGUUGACUAGGUUUUUGAUUGAGGCCGAAUCUACUGGGAUUCCGAUUACUCUCGCGUUGAAUAAAGCAGAACUUGUCGAUCAACAGGUGUUGAGUGAUUGGGAUACUAGAUUGAGAAGUUGGGGUUAUGAGCCUCUCUUUUGUAGUGUUGAUUCGAAAAUGGGGCUUGAUAGUUUGGCUUCUGUUUUGAGAGAUCAAACGACAGUGAUUGUGGGUCCAAGUGGAGUUGGGAAAUCUAGCUUGAUUAAUGCUUUGAGGAAUAAACCCAAUUCCCAAGUUGAAGUAGAUAAUUGGUUUGACCCUAUAAUGGGUAGCAAGUGGUUUGAAGAUCAGCGCGUUGGUAAAGUUUCAACGAGAAGUGGUAGAGGGAAGCACACUACACGUAACGUCUCUUUGCUUCCGCUUGGUGGAGGUGGUUAUCUCGCUGAUACUCCUGGGUUUAGCCAACCUAGUUUGUUGAAAGUAACAAAGCAAUCUCUUGCCCAGUAUUUUCCAGAGAUAAGGAAAAUGCUUGGUGACAAUGAACAGGCUAAAUGUGCAUUCAAUGAUUGCUUGCAUGUUGGCGAACCUGGGUGCAUAGUAAAAGGGGAUUGGGAAAGGUAUCCCUUGUAUUUCCAGCUUCUUGAUGAGAUCAGAAUCAGGGAAGAAUUUCAGUUAAGGACAUUUGGAACCAAGAGGGAAGAUGACGUAAGGUACAAGGUUGGAGACAUGGGUGUCAAGCAAGCAGAGCCACGUUUGGAGCCCAAGAAGCAUAGAAGACAGUCUCGCAAAAGGAUUAACCAAUCAAUACUAGAUGAGUUGAAUGAACUUGAUGAUGACGAAGAUUUGUUGGAUGAUGAAAACGAUCCUAUCUUGAGGGCACUCAAGAAUGAAAAUCUUUAGCAAGUUAACUGUGGGCAAGCAUAGCUGCACUGUAAAUAACUAGCUUGCACCCCUUCCUCAUCACAACUGCGGAUCAGAAUUCAGAGACCAAACAGAUCUGCUGGCUCGUGUCUUCAUUGAAAGCUAAUCCAUUUUGUGGCUUUAAUCAAUUCUCAUCUCUAAUUACUGGCAAUACCCGAGUCAUAUUUGAUGCCAAAUUUUCCUUCCAGAUCUCCUUCUUUUGUCACGACGUGCUGCAUGUAUCUCCAGUAAGAAUUGUGCUAAAGACCAAUUUUUGAAGCCUCAAGAUCAGAGCACAGCAAGCAACUACACUGUACCAGGAAACUAGAGUGGCACAGACCCAAGAAGCAAGAGCUUAUAAUUGGAUUUAAUUGUACUUGCCCAAUGGAAAAUGGCACACUCUAUUAUUAUUAUAUAAUGAAAUGAGUUCUACAGAUUAUAACUUUAA